GUCACCGGCCAAUCGAAGAACCCGAAAGCUCUGGGCACGGCAAGGAGUUUUGGAGAAUAUUCUGGAGAAUAUUCUGGCUACACCCUGCGAAGAGCCUUCCACGAAGUGGGGGGAGAGAUUGAUGUUUGAGUUGGAUCUUUUGCAUGGAAGGGCUGAAAGAGAUCUGUCCCCGCCUGGGACUGCACACCCCUCUUUGCUGCGAUUGGCACUUGACAGUGUCUCCAAAGGGUGGGUAGGUGGACCUCCCUGCCGCGCAAGAUCGAUGUUGCGGCAUCUCAUGGUGGAAGGCUUGGACAUAUGCCACGCCCUUUGA